AUGUCAUCCAUGGAUUAUGCUACAGAGAAGAAGCUGAGGCCUCUUUAUGAGGCACUGGAUGAAGGGCAAAACAAACUGGCUCUUCAACAUUGUACCAAGUUGUUGAAAAAGAGUCCCGACUGGCCCUUGGCCAAGGCUCUGAAGGCGCUUGUGUUUGUUCGUACAGGCAAAGAUGAUGAAGCUUUUGAACUAUGUGAGCAAGUCAAAAAGGUGAUUCCCACAGAUGAAGCUACAUUGCAAGCAGUAACCAUGGCGUUGAAAGAACUUGGAAAACAUUCGGUCAUUGUCGAGUUGUACGAAAAUGCUGCUAAUCAACAACCCAAAAAUGAAGAGUUUGGAAACCACUGGUUCAUGGCCAUGGUGCGCAACAACGACUUCAAAGGACAGCAAGCCGCUGCUGUCAAAUUGCAUCGAGUAUUCAAGCAAAACAAAUAUCUGUUUUGGGCCAUCAUGUCUUUAGCCUUGCAAGGAUCCAGUGGUAACCAAUUGAGUUAUGUUUUGGCCGAGCGAAUGAUGGCCAAAGCCAUGGAAGAGAAUCGUCUAGAAGAAGUGGAGCAUAUGCGCCUGUAUUUACUCAUCUUGAUGGAUCAGAAAAAGAAUGAGCAAGCACUUAACUUGCUAUUGGAUACACCGCUUGGACAAAAGUCAUUGCGUGAUCCCGAAGUGCGUCAAAUCAAGUCUGAACUGUUGCGUGAAAAUAAGCGCUGGGAUUUGGCGUUGGCAAUGAGCCAAGAAGCAUUGGAAAAGGAGAAUGCAGAUGACUGGUUCCAUUGGUUGGCUUAUUUUGAAGCCAUGGAUGCUUUGAUGGAUCAAGAGGGCGUUAUUGCUCGUGCUGAAAAGCUGGUUGCUGAUUCACAAAAGACUGUAUUGGAGAGUAAGUUGUUGAAACGUGGCCCAUUCCUGGCUGAACUGGACUUGGAUUCUCGACUUUACAAGAUGGGAAAGAGAGAUGAAAAGGUUAUUUUGGAACACAUUUUGUCUUACUUUGGUCGCUUUGGAUCCAAGAAUUGUGCUUUUGAAGAUCUCCAGUCUUAUGUAUCGAUUUUGGAUGCUGAAAAGGCUCAUGUAUUGAUUGAAAGCCUCAAGCAAACCAUUCAACCUGCCUCUGAAAAGGCAGGCAAGAUUAAGAAUGUACACAAAAACGUCAAUAUCAGAAAAUUGGAGCAUUUCUUCGGUCUUCAUGAUGUCUCUGAUAAAAAGAAGGCACUCGCUAUUGUCAAUGAAUUGUGGAACGAAUAUCAAGAAGCAUUGCCGUUGGGCGAAGGAUUAGAAAAGACUGAAAUGCAAUACGGUGAUGAAUUUGUCAUUCUAGCAAGUCAUAUACUAUUGGAUUUGUAUCAUCAAGAGCAAAAGGUUUCCUUCUUGAUGCAAGCCAUCUGUCUUUUGGAAACUGCCCUUGUCAAGAGUAUCCACAACUUUCAAAUCAAAUUGGUCUUGGUCCGUAUGUAUACCAUGAUUGGUGUCUUUAAGCGUCCCUUUGAGAUUUACAGAACAAUGGAGAUCAAGCAAAUUCAAUUCGAUACCAUGCUCCAUUAUUUCACAGAUAGAUUUGCUGCUCUUGGUUGCGUGGAUCAACUCGAGUCCUUGUUACAUGAUGGCUUGUCUAUUUACAAGAGCAAUGAAGUUGAGACACCUGAAAUGCUGGUCAAAGCCUAUCAAUAUGGCACCUUUUCCAAGAUUCAGGAGUUUAUUGAAUUCCGUCGUCGCUUAGAUACGUCUUUGCAACAUGCUAUUUCCAGAGCUGAAAUCAUGCGUCUCGAUUAUAUCCAUUCUUCCUUCCAGACCAAGUAUGCAGUGCAAUUUUUCCAGGAACAGGAUGUGUCUGAAAUCGCUUACAAUGACACCUUCAUUGCUGCUCGUUCUGAUAACCGCGACUUUAAUGUUUUUUUGAAUUGCAAUGCUCAGAACAAGCCAGCUGCUGAGGAAAAAUGCAAGCCUUGUACUAGUACCAACGCUGUAUGGGUGCAGGUUGUCUCUUAUAUCCUCAACAUCUUGAGUAUUGUCAGUGAGACUAAAGAAAGUGGAAGAGAUUUAGCUGCUGUUGUCACUGGAUUCGAGACAUUGCUGGAACGCGAGAAUAUCAAGGAGCAAAUCACUGAACCUGAAUAUUGGUUGGCUCGCUACAUUGCUGAUUUGUCGAACGCGUUGGUGCUCAUGAAAGCUUCAAAGGAUGCUUCUUCAUCCCUAAGAAAUGCUAUUGAUAUCUUGGACAAUCAAGUCAGCAAGGUAGAUGCCUUUUCUGAAGAAACUCUUUCUUGGAAUACAUUCCAUCAGCUAUCCAACUGCUUGGAGACAUUCAACUAUGGAACCAUUUUGACUGAAAUGAUGAACCGUUCUUUGGGAUUGAACAGUAAGGAUGCCAAAAGAAAGGCCGCUGAAAAGGCCAAGACGGAUCCCCUCAUGGCCAGCUUUGUGGAUCUUCAAGCAUCCAUCAAGAAAUCAUUGCAAAAUAUCCAAACCAUUGCUAGAAAUGGCAAAGAAUUGUUCCGUGGCCAACUGCAAAAGAAGAUUUGCAAAGAAAUUUCUGAUUCAGAGGAUACGUUGGCCUGUCUCAAGUCCCGUGAUAUGCAAAACCUAAUGCAAAAUCAUGUAAAAGCCAUGAUCAGUAGUUGGAGCUUGUCUGCCUCUCAGCUGUCAGAUGAAAUUGAUAGACGUGUGCAAAAAUUGUAA